AUGGCGAUGGCCGGAUUUGAGAUAAUCCCAAUUGCAAACUUCUUGUUUGUUUGGACGAAUGCUGUUGGUGCUGCAAGGAGGUUAAACAGCUCUAGCGGAGUUGGAUCUGGUUAUGUUGCUUAUACUGCUUCACCCAAAUCUCCGGGUGUUGUGUCAUAUCAAGCAAUUCUGCGAAUAAAUGAUUUACGUGGAUUCGAAUAUAUGCAAUUCCUGCAACUCCAUCCUCCUCUCGCAUCCGAUGAAGCACUGUCUUCUGCUAUUGCACCAUCGACAGCAACACUGGAUAUUGUCUGUAUCGCGCUAAA